AUGCAGAAAACGUUGAAGACCGUUCACGAUGUGACAAAAGCUGGCCCCGAACUGGCAUUAGAUGGUGAGCAACUCGACAUCGCCACAGUCGUUGCCGUUGCCCGUCACGGACUCGUGCCGCGCAUAAAGGGCUACCCGCCUACCAAAGCAGACGAGACGGCCAAUGGAGCUUACCGCAAUAAUGGGAGUUCGGAUAUCGACCAGCGAAUCGCCCAGAGUAUCAAAGUUCUCGACCAUCACAUAGAAAACGGUUGGGUGGUGUAUGGCGUGAACACGGGCUUUGGCGGCAGCGCAGACUCUCGAACGGAGCAGCUCAAGAAACUUCAGAUAUCUUUGCUCCAACACACCCAAAGUGCCGUCAUUACUGCCGCCGAUCGAGACGAUUCUCGAGCCGACAAAGACGGGAAGUCUCACAUCAUCCCCCUAGCAUGGGUGAAGGCAGCCAUGGUUAUCAGGGCCAACCAAAAUCUACGCGGCCAUAGCGCAGUCCGGAUAGAGGUCAUUGAUACGUUGCUGGGACUUCUCCGUCACGACGUCACGCCUCUAGUCCCUCUGAGAGGAACGAUCUCGGCAUCGGGAGACCUAAUGCCUCUGUCAUAUAUCGCCGGGACUCUGAUCGGAGACCCCAACAUCACGGUAAGAAUCGGAUCCGGGGUAAGCCGGAAGAUCUUGUCCGCCCGUGAUGCAUUGAAGGAAUGCGGCAUCAGGCCUGUCGAAUUGCAACCAAAGGAGGGCCUUGGCUUGAUCAACGGGACCGCUCCUUCAGCUGCUCUGGCCAGCUUGGUCAUUUACGAGGCCAAUCAGCUUGCGAUUCUCGCCCAAGCUCUGACAGCUUUUACUUCAGAGUGUCUAAGAGGCAAUGUCGAACAGUUUUUGAGACCUUCUGAUUUCGUCAUCGGACUAGAGACGAAGAAGAGGACGGGUCGAGGUCUCUGGCAAGAUCGGUACUCUACAAGGACAGCACCGCAGUGGAUUGGUCCUUACCUGGAAGACCUCAUGCUGGCCCAGCGCCAAAUCGAGGUUGAGCUCAACUCGACGUCGGACAACCCAGUGAUUAAUGCUGGUCCUGGGAAUGAUCCUUCUGACGGAGAGGUCUAUUCAGGAGGCAAUUUUCAAGCAGUUGCCAUCACAUCCGCGAUGGACAAGACAAGGAACGCACUCCAAAUGAUUGGUCGAAUGCUCUUCUCUCAGUGCUCUGAGUUGAUCAACCCGGCGACGAAUAACGGCCUCGACCCAAAUCUCGUCUUUGGUGAUCCCGAUCAAUCUUACACGAUGAAGGGUAUCGAUGUCAACAUGAGUGCCUACAUGUCGGAACUGGCGUCUCUCGCACACCCAGUAUCUGCUCAUGUUCAUUCGGCCGAGAUGCACAACCAAGGCAUCAACUCUCUUGCCUUCCUGACAGGUCGGCGAACUAUGGAGGCUGUGGAUGUUCUUUCGCACAUGUGCGCUGCUCAUCUGUAUGUAUGCUGCCAAGCGAUCGACCUCAGAGACUACCACGAGCGAUUUCUCAGCUCUGUCGUCUUGUCCAAACGCCUAGACCGUGCUCGUCUCGGGCUGGACGAAUCACAGCUCACGAGACUUACGAGUGGCCUCGACGAAUUGGUAAGGGUUUGGUGGUACGAGGCGAACAAGGUCAGUCAUUUUCAGCGUUGGUCGGUGGUGGCCUCCAAAUUCGCAGCACAUACUUUGGACUUCAUGGGUAAAGAGAAGAUGCACGACGUCUCUCUCAGCGGCGUCUUGGAUUGCCAAAGGGAAUUCCAAGAGAGCAUGGAAAUGUGGCUUCUAGACCCAUUCAAUAAUCCCAAGGUUAACCACCCGGGGAUGAACAACGACAAGACUAUAGCACAUUUGGACGGACUUGGAGCAGGUUCGGCUGUGCUGUACGACAUUGUGCGCGGAAGACUGGGAGUUUCCUUCCAUCAGGGCCUCAGAGCGAAGCAAGAAAGCACGAUCGGUGUAAACGUGUCUUUGGUGUACGAAGAGAUUCGUCAAGGUUUCGUAACACCAGCGCUGAUGGGAUGCCUCGGUCACAGCGCCGAAGAGGGCCCAGAGAACGGGAUGGACACCCCCAUCAGCAGCCAUGACGGUGCUAUUGGGACGCUCCGGAUGGGCUGUGGGAUCCUAGGAAUGGUUACGGAAGUUUCACGGAUGCUGUAG